AUGAGGACCAGCAUCGCCCUCGUCAUCGUGGUGGCCGCCAUCAUCUACGCCGUCGCCAUGCCCGCCACGGCGAUGCCCGGCGGGUGGGAACACAUCGGUAACAUCAACGACCCGAAGAUCCAGGGGCUCGGCCGUUGGGCGGUGGCGGAGCACGUGAAGCAGGCGGGCGGCCGGCUCAGGUUCAUCAAGGUGGUGCUGGGCACGGUGCAGGUGGUGUCGGGCUUCAACUACCGGCUCGUCGUCGAGGCGCUGAACGGCGCCGGCAAGAAGGACGCGUACAAGGUGGAGGUGUACGAGGCGGCAGCCAACAAAAGGCGCAAGCUCAUCUCCUUCGCCCCGGUCGCCGAAGAGGCGUAG